AUGGCUUCCAUUUUUACACCCGCUUUUCACCAGGCUGCAACAACUGGACGUGUAGUAGAACUCUUCAAGUGCACUGGUAUUGUGCCGUGGAAUCCUAACAUUUUUACUGACGUUGAUUUCCUGGCAAGCGAUGUUACUGAACGGGAAGACCCAGAAGAGAAUCAAAAUACGCAGUCUGUUGUGCAAGUAAGAUCUAGUCUUCAAAUAAGUUCAGCACCGUUGGCAGACCUAAUUCUAAUGCCAAAGUCUACACAAAACAGGAGUUCUAAUCGGAAGCACAAAAAAUCAGAAGUGAUUAGCAGUUCACCAUAUAAAACACAACUAGAGAAAGAAAAUGAACAGAAAAAUGUACCUAAAUCUGAACCAAAGACAAAAAAGAUAAAAACAGUAAGAAAACCAAAGACUAAUAACAAAAAGAAGAUUUGGAGGUGUGGCGGGUGCAACGAAGUGUAUAAGGAGCCAAUAGUAGAAGACUGGAUCGCCUGCAAUACAUGUAAGGAGUGGUGGCAUGAAAACUGUUCAGACUAUAAUGGCUCCGGUGCUUUUAUUUGUAAUGUAUGCAAAUAA